UUAUAUUCCCCCCGUAACCCCAUUUCUCGACUCUCACCUCGUCCUAAGCGCAAUCAUCACCGAAGGAAGAAAAGAAAAGGGUUUUCUUUGUUCUCCCGCUCUCUCUCUAUCUCUCUCUCUUCUUUCUCUGCAACUCCCUUCGAUCGUCCAUGGCCGGCCGCUUCGACUUCGGUUCCCGUCCCAAUCUCUCCGUCACCAGUCCUCUCCAUGCCCCCAAUGAUGUUCAAGGAUCUGAAAAUCCAAUUCCUCUUUCGCCACAGUGGCUUCUGCCUAAGCCAGGGGAGAGUAAGCAUGGAAUUGGAACUGGGGAAAACCAUUUCAGUAAUCCACCUGCUUUUCGAAACCGCAUGGACAUGAUGAAGGCAUCAGAGAAUUAUGAGGAUACGAAUGAUAUGCAAAAGAAAAAAGAGGUUUUUAGGCCAUCCUUGGCUGAUGCUGAAAUUGGUAGGCGUGACCGUUGGCAUGAUGAAGAAAGAGAAAAUAAUUCUUCAAUGCGCAAAGAUCGUUGGAGGGAUGGUGAGAAAGAGCUAGGUGAUAGCCGCAAGAUGGACCGUUGGGUUGAAGACUCAUCCACAAGAGUAUUUAGAGAAUCUCGUCGAGGCCCUUCAGAACGUUGGUCUGAUUUGAGCAAUAGGGAUAAUGUUCAUUAUGAUCAACGACGUGAGAGCAAAUGGAAUACACGUUGGGGCCCUGAUGACAAGGAGACUGAAGGCUUUCGUGAGAAGCGGGUGGACUCUGGAAGGGAUGGUGAUUUGCAUCCUGAUAAAAAUUUAUCUCAUGUGUCCAAUUAUGGGAAAAAUGACAGGGAUGGUGAUCAUUAUCGCCCCUGGAGGUCUAGUGCUUCCCAAGGUCGAGGUAAGGGAGAACCCCCUCACCAUCAAACCCAAACACCAGUCAAACAAGUUCCUGCAUUUUCCCAUCGUGGACGUGCAGACAACAUUCCUCCAACCUUCUCUUUAGGUCGAGGAAUCAUUAGUUCUGGUGUAAGCUCUACAAAUAAUAUUUAUUCAUCUUCUAAUUCUCUUGGAGCUUCCUCGGAGAAAUCUGGAAGGGAUCCUUACCACUACAAAUAUAGCAGGACAAAAUUGCUUGAUGUAUACAGGACUACCAAUCUUACAUUGGAGCCAUCCCUAAAAGAUGGAUUUGUUCCGGUGCCUUCCCUUACUCUGGAAGAACCAUUGGAGCCUCUUGCUCUUUGUGCGCCGAGUACAGAGGAAAUGACUUUCUUGAAGGGGAUUGAUAAAGGGGAAAUCAUUAGCAGCGGUGCACCACAAGUAUCAAAGGAUGGUCGAAACUCAUCAGAAUUUAUGCAGACAAGACGAGCCAAACUUGGUGUUUCACCUUCCCCAGGCAGUAGAGAGGAUUUACCUCAUGGCUUUGAUGAUUACAAUGAUGAUAAGGAUGAUAGUACCACUAAACCUGGUCACAUAAACUAUUCAGAGCUCUCUACCGAGAGGCAGAUGCCUCCUUAUCACAGGCCCCAGUCAAAAAUAGAAACCAUUCAGGAACAUAUGGCACAUGCUAGUGGCAAGUUUAAAUCUGAAGCUUUCAGAGAAGAUGACAAUGCUAUCAGAAAAGCAGAUGAGGUGCCUGUCAAUAGGGAAUCAAGUGUUAAGGGGGGUGCCACUGUUCAUCCCGGCAGUGCAUGGGAUGCCUCAUCGCUUGAGCAACCCCUGAAUACAUCCGUGCCUGAUUGGAGAGAUAAUCAUAAUAAUAUUGGAUCAGGAACUCCUGACAAGGGUUGGUUACAACCUCCAAAGAAUCUUAAUGAUGGGUGGGGAAGUAACACAGCUACUCCAUCUUAUCCGAAGGACAAUCCCAAAUGGCAGACCGGGGAAGAAUCUAUCAUUAGAAGGCAGCUUUCGGGGAUUUUGGACAAGGAACAACUAGCAAGGAAAACUAUUCAAUCUGCUCCAGAGGAUAUGCAACUUCAUUACAUUGAUCCUUCUGGUGCAAUUCAAGGCCCAUUUAGUGGAGCUGACAUUAUUCAGUGGUUCGAGGGUGGGUAUUUUGGCUUAGAUUUACCUGUCCGUCCGGUAAGUGCACCAAAUGACUUGCCAUUUUCAGCACUUGGUGAUGUCAUGCCUCAUUUACGGUCUAAAGCCAAGCCACCACCAGGAUUCAGUGGACCAAAACAGAAUGAAUUUGGAGAUGCAUUAGGUAACACUAGUUAUGGUAGCUUGGGAAAGCUUCAUACUGGUUUAAAUGAGAUUGAUACUUUGAGGAAUGAGACAACGCAUAAACAUGGCUCAACAGUAGAAGCUGAAAACAGAUUUUUGGAGUCACUCAUGUCUGGUAAUUUAGGUUCUUCACCUCUCGAGAAGAGUGCCUUUUCUGAAGGAUAUUUUGGAAAUAAUCCUAAUAAUUUGCCUUCCUUGGGAAUAGACAAUGGAAACAACCUUUUCCUGUUGGCCAAAAGAAUGGAACUUGAACGGCAAAGGUCUCUGAACAACCCUUAUGCAUUUUGGCCUGGAAUAGAUGCUACGGCGAAGGUCUCUAAACCAGAUGUUGGCCUAGACGAUCCAAUUCAGCAAGCAAAACUCUUGUCUUCAAUCAUGGACCAUUCUCGUCAAACUUCUCAUUCUCAGAGUGCUGACAUGUCAGCCAUUCUACAAGGCUUGUCUGACAAAGCACCACCUGGCAUUAAUGAUGUUGCUGCGUGGUCCAAAUUUGCUUCACAGUGUGCUUCCGAUCCUCUACAAAGUAAACUCGACUUGCACCAUGAUCUUAACUUGUCUUCGCAGGCACCUUUUGGUUUCCAACAACAGAGAUUACAGCCACAGCCGUCCCUGACCAAUUUACUUGCUCAAGCUACUGAUAAUCCGACCUUAACUCCAGAUAAGUUUCUUUCUUCCAGCUUAUCUCAAGAUCCACAACUGAUAAGUAAAUUGCAGCAACAGCACCUGUUGCAGUUGCAUUCUCAAGUGCCUUUUUCUGCACAACAAAUGUCGUUGCUGGACAAACUUUUAUUACUCAAGCAGCAGCAGAAACAAGAGGAGCAACAACAGUUAUUACAGCAACAGCAGUUACUCUCUCAGGUUCUCUCAGAGCAUCAGUCACGUCAGCAUUUUGGUGAUCCAUCUUUUGGACAGUUACAGGGUGCUCCUAUACCUAUUGGAAAUGCAUCUAUUGAUCCAUCUCAAGUCCAGCUAUCACGAGAGAAGUUUCAGAUUGGUUCACAGAAGCCCUUAAAUGUUGCAACUACCUUUGGAAAUAUGCCUCUGCAAGUUACCCAAGGAGCCAGUUACAAUGUUAAUCCGGAAGAUCCGUCCCUUGCUCUUCCACAUCAAAUGUUUGGAAAUGUUAUCCAGCAGAAGAGUUGGAAUGCUGCUCUCCCUGAACAGUUUAAUGAUACUCAUCCAAAAGAUAUGUUGCCAGGAUCCAAAGUUGGUGAGGGUCCAACCUUGCCUGGGAUGAUUAGCAAAUCAAGCGAGGAUGUGAAUCUUGUGCCACAUUCUUCUGACAACAACACUAAUAAAGUUUUAGAGAAGGCAUCAGAGGAUGUACCUAGUCUGGAUGCCACUGUCACAUCUCUUGCAUCUGAUGCUACUAUAGAACCUCUUCCUCUCAAGACUGCUGAAGUCUCCGUUGCCAUACCACCAGUAGAAGUUCGUAUUAGUGAAAUUUCCAUUCCUGAGAGUGUACCUGUUUUGAAGGUUCAAGAAGCUAGUAUGCCUGUGGAAAAGCUGGGAAGGGAUGUAGUAUGCAAGGAUGAGACCUUGGAGACAGAAUUGAAAAAUGUUGAAGUACAAGAACCUAGAAAAUCUUCUGAUAAGAAGACCAAGAAACAAAAAUCUUCAAAGUUGCUUUCCUCCGACCAGGCCAAGGACUCUAAGAAUUCUGCUAUUCAGCAAUCAAAGCAAUCAAAAAGUGGGAAACCAGAACUUAAUGAUUUGAAAUUGAAGGCAGAUAGUGUUGUGGGAAAAUCAAGUGAUACAUCUUCCUCGCCUCGGAAGAUUAGGGAUGCAGAUGCCAAAAUUGCAGUGGUGGAUAGUCAACCAUUUCAAAGCUCUGCAUCUGCUGUAAAUUCCUGGAACGAUGCUGAAACUGUUCAAGUGAAAGAUGACUCCAGACUAACUGGGUCUGAUUCUGUGCCUAACUCACAAAGUCAAUCUGGUCAAAGAGCUUGGAAAACUGCUACAAGUUUCAGGGCAAAGUCGUUAUUGGAAAUUCAGGAGGAAGAACAGAAGAUGGCACAUACAGAACCUGCUGUAUCAGAGAUUUCAAUUUCUGUCAACUCUACAAGUUUAUCAACCCCUUGGGCUGGGAUCGUGAGCAAUUUGGACCCAAAAGCUUCUAGAGAAAUUCAUAAAGACUUUGUGAAUUCCGAACCAAGUGAGAAACAUGAAAGCUUGUUGAAUUCAAGGAGUAGGAAGAGCCAAUUGCAUGAUUUGCUGGCGGAAGAUGAUAUGGAGAAGUCUGGUGGUGUAGGUGAUGUUCGUGUUUCUGAUUCUGUUCAGAUUGCAUCUUCUCCUCAGGUUAUGACCACACAAGCAGAAUCUACAGAUGACAAUUUUAUCGAGGCAAAAGAAACCAAAAAAAGCCGCAAGAAGUCUGCCAAGGCUAAGGGUGUUGGAACCAAGGCCUCUGCUUCAGCCCCUUCUGCUGAUGUGCCUGUUGCUUCGAGUCCUGUUGAGAAAGGGAAAAUCUCCCGCCAGACACAGCAGGAGAAGGAUGCAACGCCUGCCAUUCCUUCUGGGCCUUCUUUUGGUGAUUUUGUUCUAUGGAAGGGAGAAGCUGCUAACGUGGCCCCUGCUCCAGCAUGGUCCAGUGACUCUGGUAAGGUCCACAAGCCCACAUCUCUGAGAGAUAUUCAAAAGGAGCAAGGAAGAAAACUCUCGUCUGCUCAGCAUUCUCAUCAAAUCCCUACUCCCCAAAAGGCCCAGCCAACUCAGGUUGGUCGUAGCAGCAGCACCAGUACUCCUUCCUGGGCUCUUUCUGCGUCUUCCCCAUCUAAGGCUGCAUCCCCCCUUCAGAAUAUUCCUUCUCAAUCAAAAUAUGGAGGCGAUGAUGACCUAUUUUGGGGGCCCAUCGAGUCAAAGCAAGAAAAUCAGCAGGUUGAUGUUCGUCAAGGGAGUCACAGCAGUUGGGGAAAUAGAAACACCCCAUCAAAAGCAGCAGCAGCUUCGACUGGGUUGUUAAGCCGACAAAAAUCUUCUGGUGGCAAAGCUGACUAUCCUUCAUCCUCGCCUGCACAGUCAACUCAGAAAGGCAAACAAGAUCCAAUUACUAAGCAUUCAGAAGCUAUGGGCUUCCGAGAUUGGUGUGAGAGUGAAUGUGUAAGGCUCAUUGGGACUAAAGACACAAGUUUCCUGGAAUUCUGUUUGAAGCAAUCAAGAUCGGAGGCAGAGCUGCUUUUGAUAGAGAACCUUGGAUCAUUUGAUCCUGACCAUGAGUUCAUCGAUCAGUUCCUCAAUUACAAGGAGUUGCUCCCUGCAGACGUUCUUGAUAUCGCGUUUCAAAGGCGGAAUGAUAGGAAGGUGUCUGAAAUAGCCACCCGGGACAUGAAUUCUGGGAGUGCUGGUGGAGAUCUGGACCCUGAUGUCCCUGUUGGGUCUGCAAAGGGCGGAGGAAAGAAGAAGGGAAAGAAAGGGAAGAAGGUUAGUCCAUCAGUUUUGGGUUUCAAUGUAGUUAGUAACCGAAUCAUGAUGGGUGAGAUUCAGACGGUUGAAGAUUAAGAGUGUGAAGGAGAGAGAGUGAGAGAGAGAGGCUUUGGAGGCAAAUGUAAAUACAUGACAUCC